AUGUCCGUCAAUAAAGACAAACAUACCGUCGGUUUCUCUGAGAGCAAAGAAGAGAUGAGCGAAAGCGACGAUUUGAUCUCAAAUAAGAAACCAAUAUUUCGGAGUCUCGUCACUCGUCUUCAGAUCGCCUCCCGAUUGGCUCGAAGUCAGAGGAAUAGCUUGGAAGAGGAGAACGAUGUGGUGGCCGACCAGCAGGAGAUCAAACACUUCGGUCGUAAGACAGGUUCGGUCAUCACGAAGAAGGCGAACCGACCGCGAGGUCUCACAUUAAGACAGUUCAGUCGAUUGAGUUCCGGAAGUAAUCCCAAGGAUUAUCGCAAAGUUAACAAACCGUCAGAAAUAGAGCCGUCCACUCCAGACUCAUUGGACACACAAAUAAGUAUAGAGUCAACAGAAGUACCGGUGGUUUCAAUGGUGAUUGAAGGCGACUAUCAAACGGCUAAACUAGUGGUCGAUCUCAUCAAAGCUCACGUUCCAGUUGUGAUACUUCGGGGGACGGGAGGCAUAGCAGACAUCAUAGCAUAUGCUUAUCUCGAGAUUAUGCACCGAUGUCCCAACUCAUGGGACUUGGAGUUUGUGGACCAAUAUCUCAAACCAAUGCUCACUAAAAAGAUUAUCCAAUACUUCAGUGAUUUGAAAGACAAUACAUUAACGAGAAAUCUAUUGAGAGAUCGGAUCAUAGAAUGCGUUCGACUCCAUAGGACCGAAGACCGCAUAUAUCUAUCGGUUAUAAACCUCCACAACAGCUCCUCUUGUAAUCUCCAAAACCUAAGACAACACUUAUUGUCAGCUUUACUUAAAUCUCGGCAUUCAAAUGAUAUGAUUUCAAACGAGAAUUUCCUUAAGAAUUUAGAGUUAACACUGGACUGGAACUGUCCCGAUGUGGCCAAGAAUGUGAUAUUUGCCAAAAAUGCCAAAAGUAUCAUCAACUUAGACAAGAAUUUGUUUGAGUCGGCACUCAUUCACCCAAAUCGCGAAGAUUUUAUUGAACUAUUUCUCUCACUUGGCUUUCAAUUACACAAAUUUGUGUCGCCCUCCAGACUCAACCGACUCUUUCGACUUAUUCACGACAACGAUUUCUUCAGAACCCACUGUUGGGAAAGCAUUUUGGGCCGACCCUCGUGUCUCAAACAACCCAAAUAUUUCAUUGACAACGACCUAAACUGGUUGAUCGAGAUUAUCACCGGUUUUCAAAACUUUGUCAAUACAGAGCACCUCCAUCUCAACGUGAUGGGUCUAUACCAAAGUAACGCUUUGUCGGCGGAAAGAAAGGCACUGAAUAUACUGACAAUUUGGGCGGUUAUGCAUAACAGGGAUCAGUUGGCCAAAGUAUUCUGGAAGCACUCGGACCAACCCGUCCACUUGGCUCUCGUCAUAUCCAUGAUGUUUGACCGGCUGUCCUGGUAUGCCAUCGACAACAACAUGAAGUCAGAUCUGAAACAAAAAUCCAAAGUAUUCGCCGACUUUGCGAACGGAGUCCUCGAUAUCUGCUAUAACGAGGAUAUCUUUCGGGCCAAUAAUGUACUCAAUCAGUCCAUACAGGACUGGAAUUACAAGACUGCCGUUGAUAUCGCAGCCAACGCUCAGUUGAGACAAUUCUUGGCUCAUCCCUGUUGUCAGAAGUUCUUGACCAACACAUUCCUCGGCAAUAUUAGGCUCCGGGAGAUAAAUUGGGGUAUGUUUCCGAUCCCAGCCGCCAUUAAAAUACUUUUGUGUGCAUUCCUCGUGUUUCCGCUCUUCAUUUGGGUUCGCUUUAAGAGUAAUGAAAUUGAAAUACAAGAUAAUGUGACCACUGAUGACGAGUUCGAAGACGGUUACGAUGAUAUUUAUCGAGAAGAUAACACAGAAUCCUCUGUGAUUACCGAUGACACGACUGAUCAGGUGAAGGUCGGGUAUAUGAACCCAACAUUGGCUAAGUCAGUGGCCAACAGUUACGAUAAUAUCAUAAAUCAGAGUAAAAAUCGUUUCAAUAACUCAAUCCGCGGUCAUAUGUUUGUGGCCAGACCUCCGCCAUUGCAUCAGAUGCUGGCUAUGUUUUUCUCGGCGCCGAUCACCAAGUUUUAUGUCUCACAGUUCUUCUAUUUCCUAUAUCUGCCGCUAUUAUCACUAUCAGUCAUAUAUCCGGGAUGUGGUCUUUGGAAACUGGAUCUAUUAGUAUGCAUUUGGACGACAGUCUUAUGCAUGGAUUACAUUCGCCGCACUUAUAUUAUCAUCAAGAAGUAUACAGCGGUUCCAGUAUUUCUCAAAUACUUUGUGAACUACAUGCGAAUGGCUCUUCUGGUCAUCUUAAGCAAUAUGGUUGUCAUGCAAGCGGUUCUCUAUCCCGACACUGAACUGUCACUCGAGAUGUUCCACAAAGCCUUUCACAGAGCAUUCUUUGCCCUAUUUUUGACACCAGUCACUGAACUCGAGAGUAAUGAAUAUUGUGAGCAAAACAAAACAGUUUACACGGAUUACGAAGACCAGUGUGUAGUGACCGGCAAAUAUAGCAGUACAUCCUGUGCCAACACUGGUGUCUGGGCCUAUGCUUUUGUUAUUCAAUAUUUAGUUUUCUUAAAACUAAUUUUGUCGACACUAUUGGCCGCUAUAUUCACGGCCACGGCCUCCAAAUUAUCGACCGAAACGGACAAUAUCUGGAAAUUUCAGCGCUAUUUGUUGAAUAGUAAAGUCAUAAUAAGUAACACAAAUGAAUUGCACGACAAGAAUAAGUUGACGCCUGAAGAGUGUAUUUAUUGGCAACAAUUGGCCACCGAUUACAUCGAAGCCCUUAACGUAAAGGCCGCCAAAGAGUUGAUACCAAUGAAAGAGUGGGAAUACAUUCAACUGAUCAGCGAAGACAUGGAGUACGAGAAGAAGAUAUUGAGAGAAAUCAAAGGGAAAGUCAUGGGUUUGGAGAGAAUUAUAAUGAAAGGCAAACUCUCAAACGACAAGUAUAUGACUCAAGAAUCGCAUAAAACACGUCUUUCCCAUUACUCUCCAUAUCCGGGAACUCAGAUAAUCCGAGUCCCCUUCUCAGAGAAGUACAUUCCGUGGGAAGCAUUAUAUAUCGACUACGAGCCCAUCGCUUAUAGUAAACCUGUGGAUGAAUUUUCGCCUAAAAUGCAACCCUUUGUCGACGAAGACAUGAUUCUUCUAAAGGAAAUGAAAACAAGAAAAACUGGAGUUAAAGUGAAAUUUCCGGAAUACGAGUGGAAUUCACAGCAAAUGUUACCAAACGGACGGGCAGUGAAUCGCAUGUCGUGGCAAAUCAAUGGCGACGGAUCCUCUUUUUACUAUAAACUCGAAGACAAUUUCCUGCCUCGAAAUCCAUUCGGUCGGACGGGUCUCAGAGGGCGCGGAGGGUUUCCUCGUUGGGGACCAAAUCAUUACAUAAUACUUGUGAUUACGAGAUGGCAGAAGAGCUCAUCCUCUCAGAUGUCGGAUAACAGAUAUCUUGAAAUAGUCAUUGAAGAUGGUUUUAAUUCUGAUCCCAAUUGUUUGCCUGAACGUUUUGUGAGCGGAGACGACUUGUUUGGAGGAAUACAGGAAUUGUUUAAAAUGGAUGACCGGACUCAUUGGGUUUUGCCACAAGUGGUCAACUUUUUCCGAAGUAUGUGCUCGUCGUCCGCAGACAAUGGAUUUGAGUUUAAGCUAAUCCAAAACGGAUAUAUCGAUGACCACAUGAAUACAGACAACGCGUGGAAAGAGGCUAAGGUUUGGCACAUCCAUUACGAGUGUCGGGAAUACCUUAAGAAGCAUUUUAUGGACAAAAAGCUAAGCUGGAGAUUACUUUCAGAUAAUUUAUUUUCUAAAAUGCCUUUAAGCCAAAGUGAAAUCAUUAAGUCAGUGGUCGAGACAUUGGGAGCAGAGAUUGUGUAA